UCCAAGGAGCGGUCCAGGGCACCGGUUUCAAAGUCGUAGGGCGGGCCAGGUGGACUUCCGCUGCUGACCCGGGCCUUCCCAGCUUCCGUGGCGUUGUCCCCCCGGCUCAGCGAAAAGCACCGCCACCGAGCUGCCCGCCAGCUGUCCCGGAACCCUCCCAAGUGGCUCGACAAGACCUCGAGUGCCCCGCGGGACGCCUGUAUCGACCCGCACGUCUUGUUCCCACGCCGGUGGGAUUCGGUUGAACGUGAGACAGGAUUCAUCUGGCGCGUCCCCAGCGAUCCAGAAAUCUGAAGUCUGUCGCCCGGCCCAGGGACCCGUCUAGGACUCGGGAGAAGGAAGUGCGGCGGGGCUGUGUACGCUGCGUGAGGAGGAUGCUGAUUACACCGCUCCAGUGCUUGACAUCCUCCGGAGCGUGGUCAUAGUUUUGUUUUCCCGCACUGCAAGCCCUGUGCUUUUCAGAGGAAGGUAAAGGUGGUGAAAGCUCCAAACUAGAAUUGUAUCGAAAUGGCCACAGAAAUCGACUUUCUGAGAGACCAAAAUCAAAGACUAAAUGAAGUUCUUAGGAGGUAUCAAAUGGAAAAUUUUUCCAAAUAUUCAUCUGUUCAGAAAGCUGUCUUCAAAGGAGAUGGAGAUGACAUAUUAGAAAACUCAAUAGUUGACCAAAGCUUUUUAGCUCCUUUAAUUACUGAGUAUGAUAAGCAUCUGGAAGAGCUAAAUGGACAGCUGAAAUAUUAUCAGAAACAGGUGGGUGAAAUGAAACUACAACUUGAAACUGUCAUCAAGGAAAAUGAAAGGUUGCACAGUGAAUUAAAGGAUGCUGUCGAAAAGCAAUUGGAAGCCCUUCCCUUUGGCACAGAGAUAGGAGAUGAUGCAUAUACAGAUGACGAAACGGUCAAGAACCUUAGAGAACAGUUGCAACUAGCCAAUCAGGAAAAGACUCAGGCUGUGGAACUCUGGCAGACUGUUUCUCAGGAGCUGGACAGAUUGCAGAAACUUUACCAGGAACAUAUGACUGAGGCCCAGAUUCAUGUCAUUGAAAGUAAAAAACAAAAGGAUCAGCUGACCAAUUUUCAACAACUUACCAAGAGACUUCAUGUUACUAAUGAGAACAUAGAAAUGACCAACCAACAAUUUCUGAAAACAGUAACUGAACAAAAUGUGGAAAUCGAGCAACUCCGAAAACAACUUAGCUGGCCAUGUGGGAUCCAGCACCUCAACCACCAAGCCACCAGCUGUCCCUCGUUUCCCUUCUUUAAAGCUUCUGUCAGUAGCAUUUGUAUGAUCUGUUAGGACAUGAAGAGGCUGAAAUCAAGACCACUCAUCAGAAGGCAACAAUAAUAAAUAUGUACGAGAUGUACCAUGAUGGUAAAACCAGUGCUACAGGAGAAAACCAAUUCUCUUUGAGAAAAUUUGCUACAUAUAGAAAAUUAUCUCAUUUCUUUCUUGGGAUUCCCACAUAAGCAGACUGAGAAAAGGGUUUCAAAGCAUGUUUCUUUAGGCAGUAAUACCAAGGAGCACCAGUCGGGGAGUUAAAAGAGAAGGCUGUCAAUAAAGAGAUUUCGUAAACCAGGCGACUUACUACUAUACAUAUGUAUUAUGGUCCAGUGGUUUAAUAAUCAUUAUAUUAAUAGUAUUUAUAGGAAAAUCAACAAAUAAGUAAGAUUUU